UAACUUCAGCGGGUCAAACGGACUUUUCUCUUUUGAGGGCAUGCAGGCCCAUUUGUCAUCGUCGUCUCCUCUCUCUCCCUGGAUCCCAUUGUGGAAUCCACACCAACCGGCAACCGCGGAGAGAGAGAGCCGCCACACCACCUCCCCGCCGUCGAAAGGAAUCCAGGGGAUCAGCGGGCCGGCGGCGAUGGGGAUCGGGGAGCACUUCGAGGGCGUCAAGCAGCACUGGGCGCGCAACUUCGCCUUCCUCGACUACUUCAAGAAGGUCUACGGCCGCGCCGAGCCCCUCCCCAAGUGGUCCGACGCCGACGUCGAGGAGUUCAUCGCCUCCGACCCGGUCUACGGGCCCCAGCUCAAGGCCCUGCGGGAGUCGAGGAAGUUCGCGCUCGCCGGGGCCCUCGCCGGCGCCGCCCACCUCGGCGGCGUUGCGUUCAAGUACUCCAAGGCGCCGCACGGCGUCGUGCUGGCCACCGGGUUCGGGGCGAUCACCGGCGCCGUGCUGGGAUCCGAGGUGGCGGAGCACUGGUACCAACUCUACAAGAUGGACAAGCAGGGGGCCAACCUCAGGUUCAUCUACUGGUGGGAGGACAAGGUUUCAGGUCAGAAGAGCUGAACCGCAUUAAUGAUGCAUAUGUGAUCCUCUGUUGAAUCUGUAGUUUUUGCUUCCUAGUUUUUUCCAAUAAGGUGCGUAUUGGUUGUGGAAAUCAACUGGAGAAUGUACUCUAUCAUGGGUGAUGUUUAUCCUUAGCACUCUACUAUCCUUAUGCUUGCUCUGGUGACGGUGACUGGUGUAAACAUUAACCCGAUCUUUUUUAAGACAUAUUUCCUUGAAUGAUUAGUUUGCAGCCAGUAGUUACAAUUGAUUGCGGAUAAAUAAAAAAGUUGCACGCUGCAUUCAAAACCA